UGUCCAAACAUCGUAAUGGUUAUUGCCUUUCUACAACUAUAAAUUACAUGCGGACAUCAUUCAUGAUAUACGUAUUUACAGAAAGUUAUAGCGGACAAAGUACAUCAAUCAUAUUUUGAAAUAUUUUGAAAUUGACACAUCCCACAUCUUUAAACAGAAACCUUUCGGAACUUUAUAGAAAUCCACUGAUGAAAACCUAGGAAAGAAAAUGUCCUGGUGUAUCAUUACGCUGUUGGUGACGACAGCGGUGUCGGCUGUGACGUCACAAGGAACGGGAAUAGACGGAAACUCCGGUGAUGUGAUAAACAAUAUGCUGGCAGGAGGUCAUGUUUCGUCCGACAAUCUCCUGAGUGCUAUUGGAAUCGGAGACAGGACCAACGCCCAGUCGGGAUCGUCAAGUCAAGCUGGCCCGAUGAAGAAGUUCACCCUAAAGGAUGUACAGACUAUGUUAGAUGGAGCCAAAAAUGGUUUCCGGUAUAAAUAUGACGGAACUGUUUCCAAUGACAUGAAUGAUGUAACCAUAACGGAAAGUCAACUCAUAGCAAUGCGUGACCAACUUAUACAGAUGGGCAGAGAAUCCACAACAAAACAAUUUUCUACGAAUGAGUUGCGCACCAUGAUAGACGGGAUGAACAAUGGUUUGUUUUAUAACCGACAAGGUCAGGUCACGACACAAGAAUCAGGUGAUGUAUUGUAUACACUGAAAGAGCUUCAAGAUCUACAAACACAAUAUCAAGCUGAAGAACAAGCUCUUCAACAAUUUAAAAUUGACGACAUCAGACGUAUAGCGAAAGGUAUGGAAAGUGGUCUGAAGUAUAAUUAUCAAGGUCAAAUUGCAUCUGAGGGUCAAAGGACAUUGUCUCAACCUGUACUUAGAAGAUAUCUACAACAGAUUGAAACUACAGCUGGGCCAUCUGGACUUCCUACAGAUGUGCAAACAAUGCCAGAUAUAAAUAAAGGAGGUAUAGAUUCAGGAAUAACUACGACAAAACAAUUUACAUUGGCCGAUCUUGAACGCAUGAAACAAGGUAUUAAAAAUGGUUUACAGUACAAUUAUCAAGGCCAAAUGGCUACACAAGGACAGGCAACUCUAACUGCGGGACAAAUAGAUGAGCUUAUAGCCAAACUGAAAGCAAAGGGUCCAAUGAUUGGCACUGGACAAAGCACCAGCUUCACGUUAAAUGAUAUUAACAGAAUGCUGUCAGGUAUGGACGGAGGAAUGUCGUACAAUUAUAUCGGACAGGAAGCUCAAGCAGGAGAGCAAACACUCACUAGAGAUUAUUUAACAAGACUAUUAAAUCAAUUAAAUCCACAAGGAGGAAUAACUACGACAAAACAAUUUACACUGGCCGAUCUUGAACGCAUGAAACAAGGUAUUACAACUGGUUUGAAGUACAACUAUCAAGGUCAAUUGGCUACUCAAGGUCAGGCAACUCUAACUGCGGGACAAAUAGAUGAGCUUAUAGCCAAACUGAAAGCAAAGGGUCCAAUGAUUGGCACUGGACAAAGCACCAGCUUUACGUUAAAUGAUAUUAACAGAAUGCUGUCAGGUAUGGACGGAGGAAUGUCGUACAAUUAUCUCGGACAGGAAGCUCAAGCAGGAGAGCAAACACUCACUAGAGAUUAUCUAACAAGACUAUUAAAUCAAUUAAAUUCACAAGGAGGAAUGGGAACAAUGCACCAAACUGCGCGAUUUACACUACAAGAUAUUGACAACAUGUUACAAGGAAUGGACCAAGGUCGGUCGUAUAACUACCAGGGUACCGAAGCAAAACCAGGAGAAUUGACGCUUACUAGAAAACAAUUAGAAAAGUUUAGAGCUGAGUUACAGGCGAAAAGUAUGGGUGGUUUGGUGACAACACCAAAGUUCACACUGAGAGAUUUAGAAAGAAUGUUUAGAGGUAUGGAUCAGGGGAUUAAAUAUAACUACAAUGGGCAAGAAGCUAAACGCGGCGACAAAAUACUCUCCCGAUUGCAGCUCAAUGAAUUUCUUGCAGACUUGAAUCGAAAAGGUAUGGGUGUUAUGCUAGAAACUGGGCAGUUUACCCUUCAAGAUAUUGACAGAAUGCUGACUGGAAUGGACAAUGGAUUUAUUUACAAUUAUAAUGGACAACAGGCACAACCAGGAGAAAAAACACUUUCAAGGAAUGAAUUAAACCAAUUUAAGAAAGAGUUAGCAGAAAAGGUUACUGGCAGAGAGUUUGGCACUAAAUAUUUUACAAUGGAUGACAUAUUUAAAAUGUUAGAAGGGAUGGAUAGAGGUUUAAAGUACAAUUAUCAAGGUACUAUCGCAAAGGAAGGAGAACAAGCUCUGACAAGAAAUCAGCUUGAACAACUGAUGUCAAGGAUAAACAAACAAGGUUCUGGAAAUCCAACUGAAGCCGUGCCGUUCACACGUGAGGAAAUAAAUAAAAUGCUUACUGGAAUGAAAAGCGGUUAUACAUAUAAUACAAAAGGUCUUGAAGCGAAGCCAGGGGAAGAAGUAUUGACGACAAAUAUAUUGAACAAAUACUUAUCAAGUCUGCGUCUUCCAGGUUAUCUACAGAAUAUGACAGGUCAGUUCUCCGUUGCUGAUCUAGAAAAUAUGAUAAAUGGUAUGCAAACUGGGCAGAAAUUCAACUAUCAAGGUCUGCCCGCUGCCACCGGGGAACCUUAUUUGUCAACAACAGAUCUCAAUCAUCUUUUGGAAAAGUUGCACUCUACAUCUGGAAUAAACCGAACUGGAACUAUAGAUACCACAGAAUAUUCCUCAAGUUCUAAUAAAAGUUCAGGCGGGCAAAUAAGCGGAACAGGUCCUAUGGGUGGCACUUUCGAAUCUACCUUUUCAAAAGAGUCGUCACAGUCUAAUACAUCUUCCGAAACUGUUUUUACUUUUGGAACGGGAGGUUCCAACGUGGUAGAUUUGAACCCUGUCGUUAAAGAUUCUGGACAUUUCCGUCGAGAAACAUCCCCCAUCGGUUCAGGCGAGAAUAUUCGGACAGAUUCUGGAAAAGUGUCUGGAUUUACUGAUAGCUUAAGAGAAAAAUCUGUGGGUGCAUCAAAUAAGAAACUAAAAAAUGCAACCAUUGUCAUAGCAGAAAAUGGAUCAACAACUAUUCAAGCUGACGAAGGAAGGUUGUUAAGCAAUAUCAAAGCAUCACAACGCAAAAAUGACUCAACUGCUAACACUAAAAAGGAUCGAACAAAAAGUAACAUUACAAAAGGACUUACUCAGAUUGGACAACUUGCUGACGAAAUUGGAACCGUGAACAUAAUCAUCCAUACUGGAUCUGAUUCACUUAGUACCGAUUCUAGCGAGAAAGGUGUGAGCGGCAGGCACGAAACUAUUGUAGAAAAAGACAUACGAGAGACGACGAACAUAACCGAAACAAGUCGGACACAUUUUAUUCAUUCAAAUACCUUGAUUCCCCGUUUCACGGUUGAAGAGAUUAGGCGAUUGAUGGAAGGUAUUAGACAGGGUUUGAGAUAUAAUCAACAAGGUGAACCAGCAAAGUCAGGAGAAAACCCUCUAACAAUGGAUCAGCUAAGCCAAUAUUUGUCAAAUGCGAAAACAAAAGACGAAAGCAGACCUGAUAUUCCGGCUUCUAGGUUUACAAGAGAUGAAAUUAUCCGUCUGAGAGAUGGCAUCAGUAAUGGUCAAGCUUAUAAUUAUAUGGGGUAUCCAGCAAAACCUGGCGAAAAAACACUCACAGUUGAAAUUCUCAACAGAUUACUUAAUGAUAUAAGUGCUACAGGAACACGAUAUACAAGAGAACAAAUCAAUAAAAUGAUAGAAGAUACGAAAAGAGGCCGAUAUUACAAUCGUGAUGGAAGCCUAGCUGUUGGAAAUGAACCAAGAAUGACUUUGGAUGAUCUCUAUAGAUACCUUCAAGAUAUUGAUACCACGGGUAACAUUCCAAAAUCACGAUUUACAAGAGAACAAAUCAACAGAAUGAUAGAAGAUACAAAAAGGGGUCGAUUUUAUAACCGGGAUGGAAAUCUAGCUGUUGCCAAUGAACCAAGAAUGACUUUAGAUGAUCUUAACAGACUACUUCAAAAUCUUGAUUACACAGGUCCUCAAAGAUCAAGAUUAACGCGGCAACAAAUUUUGAAUAUGAUCGAAGGUAUGAAAAGAGGUCUAUAUUAUAACCAAGAAGGAAAAGAAGUGCUUGGGAAUGAACCAAGGUUGACUUUGGAUGAUCUCAAUAGAUAUCUUCGAGAUUUUGAUAACACAGCAACAGUGCAAAGACCAAAAUUUACAAGAGAACAAAUCAAUAGAAUGAUUGAAGAUACGAACAGAGGUCGAUAUUAUAACCAAGACGGAAAACUAGUUGUCGGCAAUGAACCAAGAAUGACUUUGGACGAUCUUAAUAGAUAUCUUCAAGAGAUUGAUAGAAUAACAGGUAUACAAAGACCAAAAUUUACCAGAGAACAAAUCAAUAGAAUGAUCGAAGAUACGAAUAGAGGUCGAUAUUAUAACAAAGAAGGAAAACUAGUUGUCGGCAAUGAACCAAGAAUGACAUUGGACGAUCUUAAUAGAUAUCUUCAAACUAUUGAUAGAACUAGUGAUAUUCCGAGAUCAAAAUUUACAAGAGAACAAAUUAAUAGAAUGAUUGAUGAUACAAGAAGAGGUCGAUUUUAUAACAAAGAAGGAAAUCUUGCAGUUGGCAAUGAGCCAAGAAUGACUUUGAACGAUCUUAAUAGAUACCUACAAACUCUGGAAUAUACAACAGGUAUACAAAGACCAAAAUUUACUAGGGAACACAUCAAUCGAAUGAUCGAAGAUAUGAACAGAGGUCGAUAUUAUAACCAAGACGGAAAACUAGUUGUCGGCAAUGAACCAAGAAUGACUUUGGACGAUCUUAAUAGAUAUCUUCAAACAAUCGAUAAAACAACAGGUAUACAAAGACCAAAAUUUACUAGAGAACAAAUCAAUAGAAUGAUUGAAGAUACGAACAGAGGUCGAUAUUAUAACCAAGAAGGAAAACUAGUUGUCGGCAAUGAACCAAGAAUGACAUUGGACGAUCUUAAUAGAUAUCUUCAAACUAUUGAUAGAACUAGUGAUAUUCCGAGAUCAAAAUUUACAAGAGAACAAAUAAAUAGAAUGAUUGAUGAUACGAGAAGAGGUCGAUUUUAUAACAAAGAAGGAAAUCUUGCAGUUGGCAAUGAACCAAGAAUGACUUUGGACGAUCUUAAUAGAUACCUACAAACUCUGGAAUAUACAACAGGUGUACAAAGACCAAAAUUUACUAGAGAACAAAUCAAUAGAAUGAUUGAAGAUACGAACAGAGGUCGAUAUUAUAACCAAGAAGGAAAACUAGUUGUCGGCAAUGAACCAAGAAUGACAUUGGACGAUCUUAAUAGAUAUCUUCAAACAAUUGAUAGAACAACAGGUAUACAAAGACCAAAAUUUACAAGAGAACAAAUCAAUAGAAUGAUUGAAGAUACGAACAGAGGUCGAUAUUAUAACCUUGACGGAAAACUAGUUGUCGGCAAUGAACCAAGAAUGACAUUGGACGAUCUUAAUAGAUAUCUUCAAACUAUUGAUAGAACUAGUGGUAUUCCGAGAUCAAAAUUUACAAGAGAACAAAUUAAUAGAAUGAUUGAUGAUACGAGAAGAGGUCGAUUUUAUAACAAAGAAGGAAAUCUUGCAGUUGGCAAUGAACCAAGAAUGACUUUGGACGAUCUUAAUAGAUACCUGCAAACUCUGGAAUAUACAACAGGUAUUCAAAGACCAAAAUUUACUAGAGAACAAAUCAAUAGAAUGAUCGAAGAUACGAACAGAGGUCGAUAUUAUAACCAAGACGGAAAACUAGUUGUCGGCAAUGAACCAAGAAUGACUUUGGACGAUCUUAAUAGAUAUCUUCAAACAAUUGAUAGAACAACAGGUAUACAAAGACCAAAAUUUACCAGAGAACAAAUCAAUAAAAUGAUUGAAGAUACGAACAGAGGUCGAUAUUAUAACCAAGAAGGAAAACUAGUUGUCGGCAAUGAACCAAGAAUGACAUUGGACGAUCUUAAUAGAUAUCUUCAAACAAUUGAUAGAACAACAGGUGUACAAAAACCAAAAUUUACUAGAGAACAAAUCAAUAGAAUGAUUGAAGAUACGAACAGAGGUCGAUAUUAUAACAAAGAAGGCAAACUAGUUGUCGGCAAUGAACCAAGAAUGACAUUGGACGAUCUUAAUAGAUAUCUUCAAACUAUUGAUAGAACUAGUGGUAUUCCGAGAUCAAAAUUUACAAGAGAACAAAUUAAUAGAAUGAUUGAUGAUACGAGAAGAGGUCGAUUUUAUAACAAAGAAGGAAAUCUUGCAGUUAGCAAUGAACCAAGAAUGACUUUGGACGAUCUUAAUAGAUACCUGCAAACUCUGGAAUAUACAACAGGUAUUCAAAGACCAAAAUUUACUAGAGAACAAAUCAAUCGAAUGAUCGAAGAUACGAACAGAGGUCGAUAUUAUAACCAAGACGGAAAACUAGUUGUCGGCAAUGAACCAAGAAUGACUUUGGACGAUCUUAAUAGAUAUCUUCAAACAAUUGAUAGAACAACAGGUAUACAAAGACCAAAAUUUACCAGAGAACAAAUCAAUAAAAUGAUUGAAGAUACGAACAGAGGUCGAUAUUAUAACCAAGAAGGAAAACUAGUUGUCGGCAAUGAACCAAGAAUGACAUUGGAUGAUCUUAAUAGAUAUCUUCAAACAAUUGAUAGAACUAGUGAUAUUCCGAGAUCAAAAUUUACAAGAGAGCAAAUUAAUAGAAUGAUUGAUGAUACGAGAAGAGGUCGAUUUUAUAACAAAGAAGGAAAUCUUGCAGUUGGCAAUGAACCGAGAAUGACUUUGGACGAUCUUAAUAGAUACCUGCAAACUCUGGAAUAUACAACAGGUAUACAAAGACCAAAAUUUACUAGAGAACAAAUCAAUAGAAUGAUCGAAGAUAUGAAUAGAGGUCGAUAUUAUAACCAAGAAGGAAAACUAGUUGUCGGCAAUGAACCAAGAAUGACAUUGGACGAUCUUAAUAGAUAUCUUCAAACAAUUGAUAGAACAACAGGUAUACAAAAACCGAAAUUUACUAGAGAACAAAUCAACAGAAUGAUUGAUGAUACGAACAGAGGUCGAUAUUAUAACCAAGACGGAAAACUAGCUGUCGGCAAUGAACCAAGAAUGACUUUGGAUGAUCUUAAUAGAUAUCUUCAAACAAUUGAUAGAACAACAGGUGUACAAAGACCAAAAUUUACAAGAGAACAAAUCAAUAGAAUGAUUGAAGAUACGAACAGAGGUCGAUAUUAUAAUCAAGACGGAAAACUAGUUGUCGGCAAUGAACCUAGAAUGACUUUGGAUGAUCUUAAUAGAUAUCUUCAAACAAUUGAUAGAACAACAGGUAUACAAAGACCAAAAUUUACAAGAGAACAAAUCAAUAGAAUGAUUGAAGAUACGAACAGAGGUCGAUAUUAUAACCAAGACGGAAAACUAGCUGUCGGCAAUGAACCAAGAAUGACUUUGGACGAUCUUAAUAGAUAUCUUCAAACAAUUGAUAGAACAACAGGUAUACAAAGACCAAAAUUUACAAGAGAACAAAUCAAUAGAAUGAUUGAAGAUACGAACAGAGGUCGAUAUUAUAACCAAGAAGGAAAACUAGUUGUCGGCAAUGAACCAAGAAUGACUUUGGACGAUCUAAAUAGAUAUCUUCAAACAAUUGAUAGAACAACAGGUAUACAAAGACCAAAAUUUACAAGAGAACAAAUCAAUAGAAUGAUUGAAGAUACGAACAGAGGUCGAUAUUAUAACCAAGAGGGAAAACUAGUUGUCGGCAAUGAACCAAGAAUGACAUUGGAUGAUCUUAAUAGAUAUCUUCAAACGAUUGAUAGAACAAGUAUACAAAGACCAAAAUUUACCAGAGAACAAAUCAAUAGAAUGAUUGAAGAUACGAACAGAGGUCGAUAUUAUAACCAAGAAGGAAAACUAGUUGUCGGCAAUGAACCAAGAAUGACUUUGGACGAUCUUAAUAGAUAUUUUCAAGAAAUUGCAGAUAUACAAAGACCAAAAUUUACUAGAGAACAAAUCAACAGAAUGAUUGAAGAUACGAACAGAGGUCGAUAUUAUAACCAAGACGGAAAACUAGCUGUCGGCAGUGAACCAAGAAUGACUUUGGACGAUCUUAAUAGAUAUCUUCAAACUAUUGAUAGAACAACAGGUAUACAAAGACCGAAAUUUACUAGAGAACAAAUCAAUAGAAUGAUUCAAGAUACGAACAGAGGUCGAUAUUAUAACCUAGACGGAAAACUAGCUGUCGGCAAUGAACCAAGAAUGACAUUGGACGAUCUUAAUAGAUAUCUUCAAGAUAUUGGUAGAACAACAGGUAUACAAAGACCAAAAUUUACAAGAGAACAAAUCAACAGAAUGAUUGAUGAUACGAACAGAGGUCGAUAUUAUAACCAAGACGGUAAACUAGUUGUCGGCAAUGAACCAAGAAUGACUUUGGACGAUCUUAAUAGAUAUCUUCAAACUAUUGAUAGAACAACAGGUAUACAAAGACCAAAAUUUACAAGAGAACAAAUCAAUAGAAUGAUUGAAUGAUACGAACAGAGGUCGAUAUUAUAACCAAGACGGUAAACUAGCUGUCGGCAAUGAACCAAGAAUGACUUUGGACGAUCUUAAUAGAUAUCUUCAAACUAUUGAUA